GGCGGGGGUAUAAUACGGACAUGCCGUAGAGUCAGCUGAUUUCAAUCGAUGGAGAAGUAGUGUUUGGGCUGACAUUCAGACAGUGUGUGCGUGAUAAAUACACAUAUACGUGUUAACUUGUAAGGGGAAAACAUUGGCGAGCUAAAGCGACGUUAAGAAAAACUGAGUUGUCGAUUGUCGCUUCUCGAGUAUUAUGUCGAGAAUUUUUUCGAUAGAUACAACACGUGUCGGGGAAAUGAAAUCUGUUUGGUUAAUUUGUUUGUCCAUGGCCAUGCCAGCUGAAUAAUAAUCGUCACGCAUUGAAACGACGGAGCGGAUUUUAAAAAAAAAUUACACAUGCCUUUCUUAGAGUAGAUCGUUUCGUUGUAGGAAAUAAAAUGUCUUGGUUGGGAUGUUUACCGUGGUCGGAAGGAAUAAAAAAGAGGGCCUGUAGAUAUCUGCUUCAACGAUAUCUCGGUCAGUUUUUGGAAGAAAAAUUGACAUUAGAUCAGCUUACAGUGGAUCUUUACAAUGGAACUGGUCGUGUUACCAAUGUUAGCCUUGAUGUGCAGGCCCUUAACGAAAUGGGUGAACAACAAAAUCUUCCUUUGGAAUUUGUUGAUGGUUUCAUAACGGAAAUGUCCGUUAGUAUACCAUGGUCUGCAUUGCUCAGCGAAGCGAGUUACGUGGAAGUCACCAGUCUCAGAUUAACGGUCCAACCUAGGCAAAGGGCUGAAACAGGAACUUCGAUGUUCGAAUCCAUGUGGAGUUCGAUGACGUCCAGUAUGCAACUUGCACAAGAAUGUUUGCAACAAGAUGCCAACAGCGCUGGAAAUACACAACCUUUAGAAGGAGUAGAAUUGUUUGCACAGACAAUAGAUUCAAUUUUAUGUAGAGUAAAAGUCAGAUUUAUAGACACUGUCAUAAGGUUAGAACAUGUACCAUUAGAUUCUUCGAUGGGUGUAGCGAUGGAAAUGUGUAUAAAGUAUCUUGAAUAUUCCGACGAAGCUGGGUUGGAUCCAAGUCAUACUUCUAUAGAUCCGAAUCAGUCGGGGAAAGGCUAUGUCGUUUCAGCCUUCACGACAAAACGGUUUUAUUUGGAAGGAGUAACCCUCCAUACGGAUGAAUUUCCAUCUCGAGCGAGAACAUUUUCAAGGAGUAUUAUGACUAUGAGCAGGGGGUCUACGCCAGAUUCAAAAAAUUCGGAUGGCCAAUUUUCUUCCGCACAAAUAUCGCCCACUCAAAGUAUGCAAAAUUAUCCUGAUAAAAAUAUAAUUAAUAAUUUAAGCGAAUCACACCCUAUAUUAUUUGCCAAAUUCGCGGGACGACAAGAGUUCAGAUUAAAAAUAAAACAAGGCGAAGGUGUUUUGGGACCAAAGGUAGAAUUAGAAGUUACAUUGGGAUCUUUUACUUCAUUCCUGAGUCCUCGACAAGUACACGUUCUUUUUGAACUAGCACAUGGCCUUGCGUCGCCGGACUUGGAAGACGUAAGUAACGUUGCACCGAGGACUUGUACGGAGAAACCAAUGGCUGGUAGCGAUUUCAAUAGAGUCGAGAGAGAACUUAUUCAUCAAAUACAUCCUAUACAAGGCAUAAGGUCAACGGAUCUGAGGCAUACGCAAGGAUGGUCAACAGCGUCCUUGGAAGACUCGGAUAACGAAGAAGAAUUUUUGCCAAUGCGUUUACCAGGGUCUUCGUCCAUGAAUGAUUCUAUUAUAAGCAAUAAUCUAAGCAUGGAAGACAGUAUAUUAGCCAGUAGUAUCAGUUCGAAAAGUUCAACGACAAAUUUGCCAAAGCACAGUAAACACAGGCACAGUCUGGAUUCCGAUUCAUCUGCAGAAACGUCGCAGUUUCAUAUCCGAGUAUCGUCGAUCGCUGUAGUUUUAUUACACGAAGAUAUAUUAACAACGAACGUGGAAGGCCUCGGUUUGACUACCAGCAGUAUAAAGCAAAUGAAAAAUUCAGCAGAGGAAUUCUUUAAAAACUUGGGAAUUUUUGCAGCCGGUGGUUAUGGAAAUAAAGAUUUUGAUAAAGCAUCAAAAUUACUUUUAGAUGCUUGCCGUCUUAGCCAUAUUAGGUUACUCGCAGCACCAUUAAUUAUAGAGGGAAGCGAAAGAACGACUACACAAUUUUCUGUAAUAUCGGGCAGUUUAACGCUGGCCAGUUUAGAAAUUGUAGAAUGUUUAGUUAAUUCAAGUACUUGCAAUUCAAACGGAGCAUCAAAUACGGAAUUUGUUGAAUUAUUGGGAUUUCAGAAGGAAGCCGCAAACAAUUAUGGUUUUUCCGAUAAAACGGAUUUUAGAAUGAGAUUUCAGUAUACGGAGAAAGCCGUUCGACAUGCUCAGUUGAUCAAAUUUGCACAUCCACGCACAGAGAUCGAUAUCCAACUGGAGCCAUGUAAGACUGAGAUAGACAUCACAAUUGUGGAUAGAAUAUCUGCCUUAUUAAAUCCACAACCGAUAUGUACCUGUAAUCAGACAACUAAUAUGAGAGAUACCAAUCAACAAACGCUGUUCUAUCAAGCGGUAGAGAGUCCAGCAUUACCAGAUUCCAGAAUAGAUACAAGAGUAUCUUCGUCGUCUUGUACAAUAAAAUUAAGAUUUCCUAUACCAGACUUGAGACCUCUGCAUGAUAUGAAUAGAGCACCAUGGUGGAAGAGAUCUGUAAGACCAGAUUACAUGAUACUCAAACUUACAGAUGCACAAAUCCAUUCUACCAUGGAAAGUCGUGCUCACUGUUCAGCUAGGCAUGAGCUUCAGUUUCGGCAUAUGUUACUAUCGUAUUUAGAAACUGAUACCGAUGUACCCAUAGAAAUUGGCAAAGCAACGGCCGAUGAGAAAAACGAUGGAUCGUAUCAACAGAUAAACGAAGGCUUUGGCUGGGCUAGGGUAGUAAUCACGAUAUAUCCGAUUCAUUCGGGUGGACAACUGGAAGAUAGUUCCGAAGGAGAACCGGAUUCAAGCUUGGACGAUACUUUGGAAAAUGCACCCAGGUAUCAGCCAUCGCCAUUUAGUUCCAAAAAGGUGAUACAUGAAUCCGAUACGCCUCACUCUAAACCUCAUGGCCAAGGAGAUAAGGAUGAUUCGGAACAAAAAGAAGGAGAAGAAUUGAUAAUUCCUGGCAGUAGACAAGAAAUGUUAGAAUUUAUAGAAGAAGGGACCCGUGGUUCUAGAGUUCAAGUGGAAAUCAGUUUGCCUUCCGUUUCUGUCCAAAUACCGUCGAAACAUCUUUACGAGUUAUUGUAUAAUAGAUUCAACACCGACAUUUUUUUGUGGGAACCUUCUGCGCCACGUCCGAAAUAUACCUCUCACAUGGAAAGUCACAUUGGUCUCGAUCUAGCAUCAACGUUAUUGCAAGAAUCGGCCUAUCCUCGAUUCAGCAUGUGUAAAAGUGGUAUACAAUAUGACUCUGAUUCCGAUUCAGACGAGGAAGGUAUAUUCCAUUCUACAGCAGAUAGAAGUUACAAACAACAGCCAAACAAGACUUCUAAGAACGGUCAAAGUAAACUUGCGUUGACUCUGAAUAUUAAUCAAGGUCUUUUGACCAUGUACACUCCUGUACGCGAUUCCAUGCGCAACGUUAUUCCCGGCCAACAAGGUGAACUAAUACUUCGCUUAGAGGAUGCUACGAUAUUUUCUGUUACUGCUUAUAAAGGAAAUAUAAAUAUGGGUUACAUUUGUGCUAUGAUAAAAAACGCAUCCUUAAAUCAUUGCGGCUUGACGACGAUUCCUUCGCAAACUCCACCAUUGAGAUCUAUAAAUAGCGUUAUACCGAGGCAUUGUCAAAGAGCGAUAUAUAGAUGUGAGCCAGGUGCAAAUAUAACAACGAACUCUUGCAAUAAGGACAUGGUAACGGUGGCUGUUCGUAUACAAGCUGCGCAUCAAACUCAUCGCAUAAAGACUUUCAGAGUAGCGGUCGGUAUAAGGAAUGCUACCUUGAGGCAUAGAAUGUGUUCAACCGCAACAUCAUGGUUCACACAGUUUACCGAUUGCUUGGACGUUGCGGAUCAUCCCGUUGCUGGAUAUUCCCCGCCGGGAAUUCUUACGGAGUUACACUUACAUCUUUGGGAUUGCACAGUAGAUUACAGGCCGUUACACUUGCCAUUAAGAUCGGUGGUGACUCUUGGUAAUUUUAGCGUGUCGAGUAAUAUAGCAGCACAGACGAGCACUUCGACAUUGCGAUUUAUAGCAGAGGAUAUUGGACUUUUUAUAUCCAAUAAAUUAGGAAAGAAUGUAGAUUUAAGAAGAGAUUACGUGUGCGUGAUGGAUCUAGGUCUUUUUGAAUUAUCAUUAAGAUUGAACGACAAAAUGUGUGGAGGAGCACCAAGAGUGGAUUUGAGAGCAAGCAACAAUGUAUUACACGUGCGCACAUGUUCAGAUUCUGGUCGUGCAUUGACUCAAUUACUUACAUAUUUUGCCAGUGAUGGUGAUUUAACAUCAAACACAGGGAGUACAGAAAAUAUAGCUGUACCCAGUUCAGGGGACGAGGAGAGUUUACUCGGCGAUGAGAGUAUCAAUACUUUGAGUAAAAGUCAAGUCGAAAGGGUGAACAGUUUGAUGGAAGAAGCAAUGGAGGAAACGGUCAAAGAUACAACGAUAAAUACAGAUGAAAAAUCGCCGGUGAAGGAAAGUCAAGUCGAAGUAUUUUUCUUUCCCGAUGAAUCACGUCCUGGGUCUCAAAUUAUUCCUGAAAUAUGUUCAAAUUCGAAAGAUUGCGUCAAAACGAUAUGCGAAAGUGAAACAGAAGAUGCGGAUGAAGAUUUUUGUAUUUUAGGUGAAGAAGCAGGUGCUGGGAUUAUGCCGAGACACGGAAUACCCGAAGUUCGUUGGCUUUCCGAAGAGUCAUUAAGGAUUGUAGAUAAUCAUUUUUCUGUUCCCCUUGGUAAAACUGAUUUGUUGAAAGCUCCUAGACAUUAUCCUGCUGCCGUCUUAAGAUAUACGCUUUGCGAAAUGACGUUGAUUUGGCAUAUGUACGGAGGAAAAGAUUUUGAAAACUCCGAGGCGAUAGCAAAGAAACAUGUCACUAUUAACGAUAAUACUUCACGUAUGCAAGGAAGAAGUCGUUCUGCUGCCGGUGUAGGUUUCACUACGAUCAGUCCAAACGAAGUUCGUUUUGGUAGCGUACCGAAUUCACCACGCAUAAGGGCUAAAGAAACAUUGAUGGAUUGGCAAACAUCCGGUGGCCCGAAUCGUCAGCACGACGUAUUAAUGGAAUUGCAAUUGAAUAAAGUUCGCUUUCAACAUGAGGUUUAUCCUGAAAACACAACGGAAGCGUCUAGACAAAUUUUACUGGUCAAUGAGAUCGAAAUUAGGGACAGAUUGGCCUCUUCUCACAUCAACAAAUUCUUGUAUCAAUAUAGUAGCGAAGCAAAACCUAGGCAAUCCCACGCAAAUAUGUUUUCCAUGAAAGCGGUUCACAUAAGACCGGAUCCGAGACUGUCGGCUCAAGAAUGUUGUCUGAAGCUCAGCGUACUGCCACUACGCCUAAAUAUUGACCAGGAUAGUCUAUUAUUUCUGAUUGAAUUUUUUAACGAGCUCGGAGGCGGCUCGAAGCAAAAUUCUGAUAAUUCAGCCGCUUGCAAUAACUCUCAAUCUUCUCCGGUAUCCAAACAAGGAACACCUACUCACCACCCACCUGUCAUGAGCAUAAAUGAUUCAACUACGAUGCCUAAUGUUCAAAUUUCAACGAAUAUACCGCAGAGUAAUACGAUAGAUCAAAAUUUGUUAAUACUUUUGGAGGAUGAAUUGACGAUCAAAGAAAACAAAACUAAGCCAAAGACGACUCACGAAGUUCGUGAAGAUUGUCAACCGAUAUAUUUUAGGAGCGUGAUAUUUGCACCCGAGGUUCUGGUUAGACUAGAUUACCACGGGAAACGCGUAGAUCUCACUCAUGGGCCCUUGGCCGGGCUUCUGAUGGGUUUGGCGCAAUUGAACUGCUCCGAACUAAGACUGAAAAGAUUGACGCAUCGACACGGACUCUUGGGUUUCGACAAACUCGUAACGUUUCUAUUGUCAGAAUGGUUGCAAGAUAUAAAGAAGAAUCAAUUACCCAGUUUGCUUGGAGGAGUCGGUCCUAUGCACUCGUUGGUACAGCUGUUUCAAGGAAUUCGUGAUCUGUUCUGGUUACCAAUAGAGCAGUAUCAAAAAGAUGGAAGGAUAGUUCGUGGCUUGCAAAGAGGUGCGAAUAGUUUCACCACAUCCACGGCUAUGGCAGCAUUGGAGCUAACGUCUAGACUUGUAUAUGCCAUACAGAGUACGGCCGAAACGGCAUACGACAUGGUCAGUCCAGGACCUAGCGUACGUCGAAAGUCAAGAGGACAAAAGGGCCGUAGAAAAAGGUAUAGUCAACCACAGGAUAUUCGUGAAGGAAUGGCAAAUGCUUAUAUGCUCGUUAAAGAGGGACUCGGUGAGACGGCUAAUCAAUUGGUACGAGUUGCAAGCGAGGAACACGAACAGAAAGGUGUGUCAGGAGCGGUGGGCGGUGUACUUAGACAGAUACCGCCAACGGUAGUGAAACCCAUUAUUCUUGCCACCGAGGCAACGAGCAACGUUUUAGGAGGAAUGCGUUCCCAAUUGGUACCCGAUGCAAGAAGGGAAGCGGCUCAAAAGUGGCGGCAAGAUACUCAUGAUAUAAAUUAGAAUUUUUUCGAGAGAAUUGCAAAAAGGAUCUUGUUACAUUAUUAAAUCUCGCUCAAAAAAAAAAAAAAAAAAUAAUAAUAAUAA